AUGAGAAAGUUGAGUCCCUAUGGUGUUGUGUCAUUGCUUGCGAUGCUAUGUAUCUGUUGCAACUUUGGCUGGUGCAUAGGUUGCUUGGAUGAUGAGAGGAGGGCUCUACAGGAAAUCAUAGAUUCUAUGGGCUUUCAGUCCGAAUCUUCUCCAUCAGAAAGUUAUUCUGAUGAUUGUUGCCAAUGGGAGGGGGUUGAUUGCAGCCUCACAAGCUCCCAUGUUGUCAGAAUAUUCUUUGAUCAUGCUAGGGACGUUGAUUAUGCUAGGGAAGAAGAGGAGUUGUGGUUUCCAGAUAUGGACCUGUUUUCUCAAAUCAAAGAAUUGCAGGAAUUGCAACUCACAGGGAAUAGAAUUGGUGGACUGGUUAACCCUGAAGGUUAG